AAGCCUCCGUAGCUUCCCUUUAUAUUCCUCGCUCAACCAACACUAUCAUCACCCUGUCGGCUCCUUUACCCCCGCUUCUCUCUGUUCAUUUGCCAUCCUUGAAUCAUACUCCUCCCACUUCUUCUCUCCCUGUAUCAAGCCCUCGUCUCUGUUUCGCUCCAUCACUCUCUCCCUCUCUGUCCCUCUUUCUCCGCCAUGAAACAGCAAGACUACACUUUCCAGAGAAGCGCCAGCGCCAGCGCCCUUGCAACCAGAAUCAGCAGCAGAAGAAUCACUCCUUCUAAUAUUCAUCACAACACUCUUCGUCCUUCCGAUCCCGACGACUUCUCCGUCUCCGAUAACCUCCUCGCGCGCAGAGGCUCUUCUCCUUCUGUCUCUUUCCGCCAUGAUAACCCCAGGUCUCAGACCAGGCUCUCCUCUCUCCUCCGCACUUUCCUCAACAUCUUCACCUUCCCCGCCAUCAUCCCCACCUGUAAAUGGCUCGCCGUUCCUUCCCACCUCUCCGUGACCCCUUCCCUCGGACGCAAAGUCACCGGAACCCUCUUCGGCCAUCGCCGCGGCCACGUCUCCUUCGCCGUCCAGCUCGAACCCCGGUCGGAGCCCCUUUUACUGCUCGAGCUCGCUAUGUCUACUUCUUCUCUGGUCAAGGAGAUGUCGUCCGGUCUGGUCCGGAUCGCCCUGGAGUGCGAUAAGCUUCAGGCCACGGCCCAGGCCGGAGGCCGGUCCAGGAAGCUGUUCCAGGAGCCGAAUUGGGUCAUGUACUGUAACGGGAGGAAGUGCGGGUAUGCGGUGUCUCGCGGGUGCGGGGAAUCCGACUGGCACGUGCUGAGCACGGUGCAGAGCGUGUCGGUCGGAGCCGGGGUGAUUCCGGUGGUGGAGGACGGGAUCUCGAGGAAAGGUGGCGGCGGGUCAGAGGGCGAGUUGCUGUACAUGAGAGCGAGGUUUGAACGAGUUGUGGGAAGUCGUGACUCGGAGGCAUUUUAUAUGUUGAAUCCCGAUGGCAACGGAGGGCCUGAACUUAGUAUUUUUCUGUUGAGAAUAUGAAAGCAAAGUUUGUUCGGAAUAGGUUAAGAUAAAUAAUUGUAAUGUUGAAGUAAUGUUUAGGAUUGCCAGUUUGGUGUUUUAUUCUUCUUCUUCCUCGUCUUUUUUUUUUUUUAAAGCUUUGCUUUCUUCGUACAAAAUCACGAGAUAUAUAUAUAUAUAUAUGUGAUUUAUUUAUUAGAUAUUUA